GAGGGUUUCUGCAGUAUACAGUCCCGGUUGGACAGCAAGCAUUAUGCUCUGAUUUUUCCUGUUGCCUGGCUAGUGACCCCCCUACAGGAAGAUAACGGGUAAGCCAGGAGGGCGGAGCAGCUAACUACACAUGUCUGGCUGCUCUUAUCAACUUAUCAUAUAAGGAAAGGAAAGUGAUUGAUUCGGAUACUGACACUGUAGGAUCUGGGGAAAGAGAAACAAAGAAGCAAGAAAGCUGCUCUGUAAAGCUAACACAGCCCUCCCAAGUGAGCAGGAUUAUUCUUCCCACUGCAAUCUGACAGUGUACUGCGUGCCCGGAGAGAGAAGACAGCAUUAAAAACCAAGUUUGCUACUGAGAUAGGAGAAAAAAGAAGACUUUCAUUGAUGGACUCAGCUAUGCCAGAAUAGCUCUGUGUUUCAGACAGUAGCUUAAGACUCUGGACUCACACGUGCCUUGAAGUUUGCUAAACUAGUGGUUUAUUACCCAAAGAAAGGAAGAAUGUGGCAGAUUGUUUUCUUUACUUUGAGCUGUGAUCUUGUCUUGGCCGCAGCCUACACCAACUUUCGGAAAAGCAUGGACAGCAUAGGAAAAAAGCAGUAUCAGGUCCAGCACGGAUCCUGCAGCUACACUUUCCUCCUGCCAGAGAUGGACAACUGUCGCUCUUCCUCCAGCUCCUACGUGUCCAAUGCCGUGCAGAGGGAUGCACCACUAGAUUACGAUGACUCGGUGCAGAGGCUGCAAGUGCUGGAGAACAUCAUGGAGAACAACACUCAGUGGCUGAUGAAGCUUGAGAAUUAUAUCCAGGACAACAUGAAAAAGGAAAUGGUAGAGAUGCAACAGAAUGCAGUACAGAAUCAGACAGCGGUGAUGCUGGAAAUAGGGACGAACCUGCUGAAUCAAACAGCAGAACAAACCCGGAAAUUAACUGAUGUGGAAGCUCAAGUAUUAAAUCAGACAACAAGACUUGAACUUCAGCUUCUGGAACAUUCUCUCUCUACUAACAAGCUAGAAAAACAGAUUUUGGAUCAGACCAGUGAAAUAAACAAACUGCAGGAUAAGAACAGUUUCCUAGAAAAGAAAGUGCUAGACAUGGAAGACAAACACAUAGUUCAAUUACGGUCAAUGAAGGAAGAGAAAGAUCAGCUUCAAGUAUUGGUAUCUAAGCAAAAUUCCAUCAUUGAUGAACUGAAAAAACAAUUAGUGACUGCCACAGUAAAUAAUUCAGUUCUUCAAAAGCAGCAACAUGAUCUGAUGGAGACAGUUCAUAAUUUAUUGACUAUGAUAUCAACAAAUG